CGCUAAAAGACCUCCUUCAGGUUAGGACCUUGGUAUUUUCUAAUGGAGUCUUCAAAUUUACUAACACCUACAAACCCAGUCUUUGCUGGUUAUGCGUUUUAUUCAUGCGUGCUCAUUUUAAAAACUAUGUGCAUGUCUUACCUAACAGGAGUUCAACGAUUUAGAAAGAAGGCUUUCGUUAAUGUGGAGGACGCAAUAGCAGCGGGUGUGGACAUAAAAAUGGAUGACCAAGACGUCGAAAGGUGCAGGAGGGCCCAUUUAAAUGACUUGGAGAACAUAACAAUGUUUUUAAUAACGGGUUUAAUUUAUGUUUUAACAGAUCCAAAUAUUGUGUUUGCAUUGAUGUUAUUUAGAAUAUAUGCUGUUGCAAGAAUUUUGCAUACAAUUGUAUACGCUGUUGUAGUUGUACGCCAACCAGCAAGAGCUAUAUGUUUCAACAUUGGUGUUUUAUGUAACUUUAUUAUGAUAUUUUCAAUAUUCUCCUCAUGUGUACAAUUAUAAAUUAUGUUAUUAAUUUAUUUACCACUGUUAAAUGGAUUCUGUAAAUAAUGUUUUCCUAAAUAAAUUUCUC